AUGGAAUGUAAUAUGUGCAAAAAAACAACAAAUAAAUGUUGCUCAAGAUGCAAACUUAAAUAUUAUUGCAGUAAAUCAUGUCAAAAGAAUGAUUAUGCAAAUCAUAUUCUGGUUUGCCCUCAAAGAUCAGCAGACAUUCUUGUUAAAGGUGUUUAUCGUGACCUUAUACCUACGAAUCCUGCAGUGCUAUAUGAAUAUGGAUUUGAAAAUUGCAUGACUCCUCUAGAUCAAACGAAUCUUUUUGGCUUGUACAUUGGUCUUAUAAAAAUUAUAGGUUGUGACGCCUCUCAACUACAUUCAUGGUGGGAAAAUGGCGAGCUACCACUUAACAUUAAAAAAGCAUAUGAUGAUGGUGGUUAUACUAUAAAUGCAGAUAAAAUGAUUUCACUUGCCAAACCGCAUCUUUCCAAACAUGAUCAAGCCGUCCCUUUCAGGUCUCUUCCGGAAUCGAAACGUCAUGUUGGCAUUUUCUAUUCAAUCAUACUUAAAGGAUUUCUUCCUACAAUUGAGCUGCCACACUGGAUUGAUUUUGGAUUUUGUGCUUGUAAAGUCCGUAAUAUUUACCGUGCAGGUGAAUUAUCAGAAGAAGUUCGGUUACAAUACUUAUAUCAGGAUCUUAUAGUUGAAAAAGGUUGCAAGAUCGAUGAAUUCCAUGAUGCCUAUAUAUCUGGAACCGUAUUAGAUUUGAUAAAGAGAAAAUGUGACAAAACUAAAACUAGUUGGUUAUCAGCAAGUAAGAUAGAAACAUUUGGAUACAAUCAACCAGUAAAGAGCGUCUAUAAUCUCAAGCAAUAUAUUUUAAGCGAUUCUGUAAAUAUGAUACCUGCUAUAAGGGUUGAUUAUGGUUUUGGAAAUUGUCGCACAAAAGAUGAGGAAAAACAACUUAAAAAUAUGUAUAAAAAAUUGAUCUUUGCACCUCAAUUUGAUGCAAUUAGUUUACACAAGGCCUGCAUAGCAGGAAAAAUUUUUGAAUAUGUCAGCUCUAUUCUUCCUAAUGAUGUGUUAAGAGCUGAUCUUUUGAGGAAUCCGUACCCUUUAAAAGAAUAUUAG